CAUAGCAUAAGCCUCAAGAUGACAGGGCACGACCGACGUGACGCCGACACGCUUUCUCGUUCUCGCGGCUGAGUUGAGUGCCACGUCUGCGGGCGGGCAUUGUCAGUCGCCUGCCGAUGAACGAUGAGCACGAUGAAGCGCUUCUCGCUCAGCUCGUCGAGCGGAUUCAGCUGCUCGAACCGACCGCGCUCGAGCUCGCAAGGCUUGAACGCGGCAGCAGCACUUCAGCCACACAAGACGAGUUCGUCGAGUCGAUACUCGACGACAUUCGUGCUCUCGUCCGUGCAGGAGCUUGUCCCUAUGCGCCCUAUCCUCGCACACUAGGCUGGACAGCACUUCACUAUGCCGCAGAGACGGGGUUCGCCCCUCUUGUGCAAUACUUUCUCCAAAACGGAGCAGUUCUCUAUCUGCUCGACUCGACCGGCAGGACCGCAGGGGACAUUGCCUUUUCGCUCAACUACAUGGAAGCUUACAAUCUCAUACUGCAAGAAGCGACGCGAGCCGAGCUCUUGCAAGCUGCUCUCAAUGGUUUCGAGGCAGUCGAGACAGACCAAGACAAAUCUAGCGCAUCGGACCUGCAAACGUUCCUCAAGACGCCCUUGACAUUUGCCGGCGAACCGGGCAACGAGCGAUGCAUGGAUGCAGAAGGCAAUGGAGUCAUGAUGCGGUGGGAGGAAGGCAUCAUGGCAGAAACGGCUCGUUUGCUCUGCUCGUCGCGCAAGCAGGGCGAGCCCUUCGCCGUGCUCAACGUCGGGUUCGGCCUUGGCAUCGUUGAUACGUUUCUGCAAGAAAGCAAGCCGACGAAGCACGUCAUCAUCGAAGCGCAUCCAGACGUGUUAGGCUACAUGCGGUCGCUAGGCUGGCACGAUAAGCCUGGCGUCCUCAUUUACCAUGGCACGUGGCAGGCUUUCCUGUUGGCAUAUGAGCAAGGCGAGCUGGCAAGCCAGUUCCCAGAGGGACUUGCAUUCGACGCAGUUUACUUUGACACGUUCAGCGAGCACUAUCGCGAUCUGCGUCAAUUCUUCGACCAGCUGCCAAAUAUCCUGCGAGACCAGGACUCGCUCUUCUCGUGGUUCCAUGGUCUAGGAGCGACGAGUCGACUGCUUUACGACGUCUACACUGCCGUCAGCGAGCUUGAGCUUCGGGAUAUUGGACUGUCGACCGAAUGGACAGAGGUAGCAGUCGAGGAUGCAGGCGAAGUGACAUGGAAGGGCAUCACUCGCCGCUAUUGGGACGUUGCCAGCUCUUAUCGUCUGCCAAUCUGUAGACUGAGAUGAGCCUUUACACUACCAGCCUUUGCGAUUGCGCGCUUUUGUCUUGGGCUUGCCAGGCUUAGCCGCGCCCGACAUGAUCGUCGCAACAGCUUGUCGGCGCCAGUCAUCAUUCUCUGGCCCGCUCUCAUCCUCGUCAUCCUGUGCCAAGCCCGAGUUGGAAGCGCUGCGACUGUGCUUGCCGCUGCUCCGCCGGCGAUUGAUGGGCUUGACCCCUCCUGCCGUCUUUUUCAGAUCGGCUGUGUUGGCGUCCCGACGGAACCUUCUCCGACAGAGUUCGCUGCCAUACUCUUGGUACUCUUCCCUCGUAACGAAGCUGGCCUCGAGCGAGAGCACGCCGUCAUAGUCUAGCUCGGGGUGCUGCAAG